GGUAUAAGUAAAGCCGAAUUCAACCGUGUACGAGUCUUUCAAGACCGAUAAAGAGUUUUCUCUUCCGCGUGUGAAAUCGAAACUUUGAACGCAAAAUCCUCUUCAAUUAAUUAUCUUCCAAGCGUUUUAUUUUUGUAGCGAAUAUGACUUCGGCAGAUUCUGUUGAUGCAAAAGUCAAAGAAGAGAUAUCAGCCGUAGAUCGGGAUACAUCUGACGACCAUCCCUCUUUACACGAUUUAGAAAAAGUGGUUGAAAAUUAUGAGAAUAACCAUCACUUCGGAAGCGGUGAGAUAUCUCAGCUAGAGCAAUCAUACAGCAGACCUGACUCUUUGCAAGAAUCACAUAGAGAAUCGAUACUCAGAGAUGAAACAUCUACAUUUAGAGAUUCCAGAGCUGAAUCUUUUCCACCUGUUCCUGAUUUUAUUCACAUGGAAACUAUAAAUAGUCCUGAACAAAACAUAGAAACGUCGGUUCAACAGCAGUCAUACACUGUAAAUACUAGGGCCUCAAUAGAAUCGCCCUGCACUUCAAAACAUUCGUCUACAAAAGAAUUAAACAAUACACUGGAAUCUGAAAGAAGACUUCAGGAAGAGGCCACUUAUGAAGCUAACAAUAACGAAAAGGCCGAAGCAGAAAAGAAGAGACAUUCGGGAUUAUAUGAUGGAUAUACUCAAGAUAUUAUUGAACAGAAUACUCUUGAACUAGGACCAGACAUGCCUAGAGGUGAAACGGAAGAUUCAUCACCUGAGGCUACAAAAAAAUCUAACGCACAUAACUUUAGUUGUAAGAGACUCUGUUGCGGUUUCAUUGUUAUUUUCAUAGGCAUAGCGAUCGGCUUAGGCGUUUCCCUCGGCUUAAAAGAGUCUAAGUCGAAAAAAGAGUCCUCCACUUCUCCCCAGAAAAGUAAACAAGGCAUAUUUAUUUUCAACGGGAAUGCUACUAUUCAAGGUGAAUUUGGAUUGAGUUAUGAUACGACUAAAGAUCAAAAAUUUAUAGCUGAGUUUUGUGGCUUAGUUGAAGGCAUUGAAUCAAAAAAUUACAGGAAUGUCAAGUGUCAAGUGACAGAUAUUACUAAAGGCAGCGCUAUUGUUUCUUUCUUAUUACAAAUUAUAUCAUCACAUAAUGAUGGUGCUAAAUUUGGGAAAACAUUGGAAAACGUAUUAAAAGAAGAAUUUAAAGAGUCUAAUAUGAAUCGAGUAUCAUUUGCAAUUACCUUUGUAGAAAUUAAAAAUAUUCAAACGUCUAAAAAACCUAACACAACACCGACUACAAAAAGUAUCCCUAUGGCAACGAGCUCUCACACGACAUCGCUAACAGAAAAUACUCCAGCUCGAACUAAACCGAUGAUAUCGGUAAACCCGACCAGUUUAAUGUCAACAGAGCAAACAACGCAGAAAAAAUCCGAAUUUACAUUUAGAAUUGAAUCUCUAUCUCGAAACUUGACAGAAGUGAUCCCUUUAAGAAACUCAUCAUUUUUCGAACAUAUGAAAGCUUUAGCUGAAAAGAUACCUAAAUUUAAGUAA